AUGCCCGAUAACAGCAACAAAUUCUGCAUAACAAGUUCUGUCCGCAUACCGGAGUGGGUCAACGAGGCCUAUUUCAAGAAACUACUGAAGCGAGAGUUUCGGGAGUUCCGACGCAUCUUGAAUCUCUCAAUUAUACCGGCCACGCCUCCGGGCGAGACCUAUACUUCGCUGCUGAUGCGCAUUAUCGUCGACAUUGAAAUGAAAGAUGGAUUCUCACAGCAGAAAUCCUACGUGCUGAAGACCAUGCUGGACGAUGCCCAGGGUAAUGGGUUCGUCAACACCCUGAAUAUCUUUCCCAAGGAGAAGCAAAUGUACGAUUUGAUUAUACCACAAUUGGAGCAGCUUUACGAGCAGUCAGGCUCGACGGUACAGUUUGCCCCCAAAUGCCACUGGUCGGAGAAUGUCAAUGGUCGCAUCUGCCUCGUCCAGGAGGAUCUCAAAACUAAGAAAUUCCGAAAUAUCAAUCGUCUGAAGGGCUUCGAUAUGCCGCAUAUGAGAAGGGUGCUCGAGAAGCUAGCAGAAUUCCAUGCGGCCAGCGCUGUCUGGCGUCAGCGGAACGGCCCCUUUCCAGAGGAUUUCCAACGAACUUACCUGCCCGCCAACUACAAUAAAUCGAAAUCAUAUCAGGCCCGUGUCCAGAGCUACAAGGCGGCCAUGGCCAAAUGGGGUCUGGCGGAUCAUGAGCAGUACGUGAGUCGCAUUCCCACAGCCGAUCAAUUUGUGCAAUCUGUGGCCCGCUGCUUUAACACAAAUCCCCAGGAAUUUAAAGUGCUGAAUCAUGGGGACUUCUGGUCCAGUAAUAUAAUGCUAAGCUAUACCCAAUCCGGGGAGAUCAAUCAACUGCGUUUUGUGGACUUUCAACUGUGCAAGUGGGGCAGUCCCUCGCAGGACCUGUGGGAGUUGAUUAUCUGUUCGGCCCACCAUAGCAUAAGGAUUAAGCACUUUGAUUGCUUCGUUAGGAUCUAUCACACACAUCUGGUGCGCUGUUUAAAGAUUCUGAACUACAGCGAACGGAUGCCUCUUUUAAGGGAGCUCCAUAUGAGCAUGAUCAAGUAUGGGUUUUGGGGUUAUUUUACAACCUUCACCCAUCUGGUGUUCAUCCUUCUGCCCGUCGAUACGGAGGCGAGUCUCCAGAAGCUCAUGCAGGCGGACGAGGAGGGAGAUCGCUUUCGCUCCAAGGUCUACACGAAUCCCCUCUACGUCCGUUCUGUUCUCAGCAUAUUUCCGUUCCUGCAUAGGCGUGGCAUUUUAGACUUUUGAAUGCGAUUCUACUUAGGUGUACCUAUAUAUAAUUCUACUGUAUCUUGUGAGUGACUUUGACUAUCUUAAAGAUUUAUCUUUUGUUUAGCUGCGGCAGUGUUUGUCUAUUAUACUUCUUAAGAAAAUAAGCCAAAGAAA